UACAAAACCAUAAUUUUAGGAAGGAGGGAUGAGAGAGAGUAUUAAAUAUGGAAAGAUAGCUAGAUGGGCUUUCUCCCUUUCAUUCACCAAUCUCAUCUCUACCAUACCUUUGUUGGUGUGUGAGUGAUACCCCACUUUUUCUCUCUUUCGUUCGUUCACAUAUAUCUCCCUUUACCCUUUCUGCUGGAAAUCAAAGCUGCAUAAAUUAAACCAAUCCAUCCUGACAAGCUAAUUAAGCUAUAUCAGAUCAAAAUUGCCCUCCCAUCUCACUCAAUACAUAUACAUAUAUAUAUAUAUAUAUAUAUAUAUAUAUAUAUAUAUAUAUAUAUAUAUAUAUGCCCUUUCUCCUUCGCUUUCAGCUCUUCGAUCAUCCCCACAUGUGAUUAUUUAUGUUUUGUCAGCGCCAGAUGAGGGAACUAAUUAAUCUAAGAGACUUCUAUAUGACUAGUUCUUGAUAUUUAUUUAUUGAUAAAUUUUAAAAAAAAGAUUGAAUUUUUAUUUUAUUUUUAUUUACCGUUUAUGGCUAUGUAUUACCAAGGAGGGUCAGAAAUGCAAGGGGAUGGUCUGCAGACACUCUAUCUCAUGAACCCUAACUAUAUUGGCUUCUCUGACAACGCACUCCCGCCGCCGCCGCAGGAGCAGCUGCAGCCGCCGUCAGCUGCCAGCAUGAUGUUUUUGAACUCCGGCCACGCGCUCCACUCCGGAGGUGUGUCCCACGCUCGGAUUCCACAGUCCCAGCACUUUGUCGGCGUCCCCCUCUCGGGUCAUGACCCGAACCGGAGUCUGUGGACCGCCGUUGACCAGCCGCCCUCCGCUGGCGGCACAGCCGACUUCGCCUCCCAGCUCGGGUUCCACCACCGCUCCUCCGGCCACCAGCAGGGCUUGUCCUUAAGCCUAUCUCCCCAACACCAACAUCAGCCUUUCACUACGUCUAUGCCGCCGGUCGAGUCUCCGGUCGGGCUUUUGUCGGCGCGGCUGGCGCCGGACAAUCAUAUCCGAGACUCCGGCGGUGCGCCGGCUCCGUCGGUAAUCAUGGGCUCGAGGUAUCUGAAGGCCGCACAGGAGCUCCUCCACGAAGUGGUAAACGUGGAGAAGAUCGUCAAGUUAGACGCCGCCGGAGGGGACGGGACGGCGGCGGCCGGAAACAGAGAGAGGGCGAGGUUGAACAAAGAAUCGGUGUCCACUUUCGCCGGCGACCCGGCGACGGAGUUAACCACCGCUGAAAGGCAAGAGCUGCAGAUGAAGAAGGCUAAGCUUCUUAGCAUGCUCGAUGAGGUGGAGCAAAGGGACCGACAAUACAUCCAACAAAUGCAAAUGAUGGCUGCAACGUUGGAAGAGGCAGCGGGAGUUGGUUCGGCUAGAUCGUACACACACUUGGCCUUAAAGACCAUCUCCAAGCAAUUCCGGUGCCUCAGAGCCGCCAUUGGUUCCCAGAUAAAGGCGGCCGGGAGGCGGCUGGGGGAGGAAGAAGGGCUGUUGUUGGGAGGAGGAGGGCCGUCGUCGUCCUCCUCCUCCAGAUUAUUAAAAUUUGGGGAUCAUCACCGGCAGCAUCAUGCGCUCCAACAGCAUUUUGGCAUGAUGCAACCGAAUGCUGCUUGGAGACCUCAGAGAGGCCUCCCUGAGCGCGCUGUCUCUGUCCUCCGCGCUUGGCUUUUUGAACAUUUCCUACACCCGUAAGUUCUACUCGUACGCAUUUAAUGUUCGACUCUUUUAUGUUAUACUCCCUCCGUUUGGAAAAACCCUUCCCAUUUGAUUUGGGGGCAAAAAUAAGGAAGUGUUAAAUUAUAGUUGAUUUCCAAUUUUGCCCCUGAUGUGAUGGGUAAAAGUAAGAUGUGAUGGAUAGAUUAUUAGAGAAAAAGUAUGAUGUGAUAGGUAGGGUAUGAAAAAGUAAGGGUAAAAGUGGUUUUUUAAUAGAAAGGGAAAGUGUUUUGUUGGAAGUGGAAAAAAUNGCAUUUAAUGUUCGACUCUUUUAUGUUAUACUCCCUCCGUUUGGAAAAACCCUUCCCAUUUGAUUUGGGGGCAAAAAUAAGGAAGUGUUAAAUUAUAGUUGAUUUCCAAUUUUGCCCCUGAUGUGAUGGGUAAAAGUAAGAUGUGAUGGAUAGAUUAUUAGAGAAAAAGUAUGAUGUGAUAGGUAGGGUAUGAAAAAGUAAGGGUAAAAGUGGUUUUUUAAUAGAAAGGGAAAGUGUUUUGUUGGAAGUGGAAAAAAUGAAAGAGGAAGUGUUUUUGAGAAUGGAGGGAGUAGUAUGUAUUUCAACUCUGUCUCCGUUUUUGCCAAAAUGCCAAGACAUGCAUGAAGUUUCAAAGAGUGUCUCUAAGACAGGCUAGUUGUUCAUGCAUGUCUGUACGAGGCUAAGUUGAAAUUGACUUAUAUAAUAAGGAGUACUAUCUAUG